GAGGAGGAACGGGCCGUCCGCGCGCCGCGCAGGAAGCGCCAAGCAUGCCCCGUGACAACAUGGCCUCCCUGAUCCAGCGCAUCGCCCGCCAGGCGUGCCUCACCUUCCGCGGCGGCCCCAGCGCCUCCGAAGCUCCCGCGCCGGGCUUCCCCGAGAACCUGAGCCAGCUGAAGAGCCUGCUGACCCAGCUGCGCGCCGAGGACCUCAACAUCGCGCCCCGGAAGGCGCUGCCGCAGCCGCUGCCGCGCCACCUCCCGCCGGUCACCUACAUGCACAUCUACGAGACCGAGGGCUUCAGCCUGGGCGUGUUCCUGCUCAAGAGCGGCACGUGCAUCCCCUUGCACGACCACCCGGGCAUGCACGGUAUGCUCAAGGUGCUCUACGGGACGGUACGCAUCAGCUGCAUGGACAAGCUGGACGCGGGUGCGGGGCCGCGGGCGCCACCGCCCGAGCAGCAGUUCGAGCCGCCGCUGCAGCCCCGGGAGCGGGAGGCCGUGCGGCCCGGCGUGCUGCGCUCCCGGGCCGAGUACACCGAGGCCAGCGGGCCCUGCGUGCUCACGCCCCACCGGGACAACCUGCACCAGAUUGAUGCGGUGGACGGGCCCGCCGCCUUCCUGGACAUCCUGGCCCCACCCUACGACCCGGACGACGGCCGGGACUGCCACUAUUACCGUGUGCUGGAGCCCAUCAGGCCCAAGGAGGCCUCCAGCUCGGCCUGCGACCUGCCCCGAGAAGUGUGGCUCCUGGAGACCCCACAGGCCGAUGACUUCUGGUGCGAGGGAGAGCCCUAUCCAGGCCCCAAGGUUCUACCUUGAAGCCCCCGCUGCCCGGCAACUGUGGGCCAAAGAUGUGCCCUGCCUUGCUCAAGAAAGGCCUGGCUGCCUGUGCGACCUGCCAUAAGGGCUCCUCUCUCUGUCCCCUCUCCUGAGCGAUGGAUCGAUCUACUGGAGUGACCAGCGCCUCAUCUUGGGCAACCUUGGGGAGCACGGCCCACUGGAGUACAGCCACCGGGCACGGUUAGGGGGGCGGGUGGGGGGGAGGCUAGGUUGCUUCCUGGUACUGUCACUGCCACCAAGGUUUUGAUUGAAGGGAGUGGGGCAGGGGACCCUACAGCGCUUCCAUACUAAAGCCAUAAUGAAAAUAUCCUUGUUUCUCAUUCUCUACAAAAUACACUAAAUGGUUUUGAAGCUCUCCUCCCUUUGGUGACUAAGAUCUGUUUUCUCUCCUGCCCAUAGGAUCUUUUGUUACUUGAUAAUUUAUUACUGAUUGUGCAUGACCUUGAAUUGUUUUUUAGUUCAGGCCAUUGGUUAAAAAAAAGAAACAAAAACCAAACAAAACUGAGUUUCUAAAGUGAGCAGAUCUGAAAAGAUAUCUUUCCCCGCACUGGGGUCCACUCUCUCAACUCUGUGUGGGGAGGACGAUUUCUUUCCUCCCCUGGCCUAGUAGCCACAUUUGGUGUUCUCAGGUAGCCUUUAGUAAGAAGCUGACACAUGUGAAUUCCCUGAGGCCAGGACCUUAGAGCUCACCUUCCCCUGGAGUCUCCAGAUCUGUCAGUAAAACCGUUUUUGCUGUUGGGGAAUCACCUUGAAAGCAAAGACUGUUUUAUCCUCGAGUGACUUUUUUCUUAAUGUACUUCAAAGGUGAUACAGUGGAUUCCGAGGAGCUGAAUCUGUUGUGCUUCCAAAUAACUGAAUGUAAGGCCCCUGGCCACCUAUUUACUAUUUACUUCCAGCAUCUUCCAGCAUCCACCUGGACUUUGACUCUUUUUUUUUUUUUUUGCAUUCUCCCGGGAACCCUGCUGAGGGCUGUGGUUCCAGCUCUGUUGCUGGGGGUUAGUAUCCCAGCCCUCCCUUAAAGAAGAGCCACUGAUGGCCCUUCCUGUAGGAAGAGGUAGAAGACAUGUAGUACCCUGGGAAGGGUUCUGGAUGUAGGCUGCCUGCCAAGCAGGCAAGAAGCUCAGUCCUCAGCACUACAUAAACCAAGUGUGGCACACACAUAACUCCAGCAUUUAGGAAGUAGAGACAGGAGGAUUAGAAGUUCAAGGUCAGCCUUGGCUACAUAGUGAAUUUGAGAGGAGCUUUGGAUACAUGAGACACUAACAUAAAUGUGUGUGUGUGUGUGUGUGUGUGUACACACAUGUAUAAUGGAUACUUGGGAUAGACAGUUGAGAAUUUAGCCAUUUUAGGGCACCAAGAUCGGAGAUUAAACCCUUGUGCCAACUCUUGCAACAAACACUAGCAGCUCUCUGCAGCAUUAUCACCGGCUAAGUACCUUUACCUCGUUUACAGAUGUGUUGAUAACGUAGCUUCUGGCCAUGGAGCACUGGUUCUCCCUUUUUACUGUUUAUAGGGUUCCUUUUUAUCACAGGCCUUUUCAUAAAGACAAACUGAGAAAUGAAAGGUGUCCAGCUGUCUUCUAAGCCCUCUUGAUUGCUCAUAUGGCAAUAGAAGUCUAAUAUCUGUAAUAAAUGGACACUUACUAUCAAGGGUGGCUAGUGUUUGUUGACCUGGUAGGGAAACUGCCUUUGACCCCACGUAUCCAGGUUACACAGACCCAGGCUGACGGCCUGUUUGUUCCCAGUCAUCAAAGCGGUCCGAAAAAGCAAAUCAUUGAUGAUGUAGCUUGUGUUUUUUUUUUCGUUUUGUUUUGUUUUAAUAAAAAUGGAAACAACAGGCCAGUGAAACCCGGUUAUAAAUCUGACACAGGUACACCACCAAGCACUUCCACCAGGCCUGCUAGAGUCGGGUUGCCUCCCAUCUAGGUGUUUAAAACGUCUGUGGAUCCCUGUGGAGCAGCCCUUUGAGCCAUUCCUUUGGAAGUCUAGAUAGUAAGUGAUGGUUUUAAACUUGACGGUUUUUUUUUUUUUUCAUAGACUAGCAAUGAGUGUAGUUUUCAGCCACAUACAGUUUUUGAAUGGUAGCAAAGGUUGAUUCUUUUACAAAGAUUGUUCAGUCGUGUGUAUGUUACAGGGUACUUUGAGGUACUUUAAGCUAGCCUCUAAGAACCUAGCCUGGAACUAGGCUAGUAAUAAAAGUUAUUAUGAAAGCCUCAAUUGCAAAGAAGGAGGGGAAUGUUAAAGGUCUGUAAUAAGCAAUCCGGAAGGAAAAAACUAAGGUGCUCUUCAAAAGAAUAACUGAAAUUGUUCUGGGCUAAAACAGCAAUACUGUUCCUCAUCCGUUCAAUAAGAACAGCGGAACUGUUGUCUCACUAAUACGUUGAGUAAACUUAGGGUGAAAACAGUGUAACUUGUUUUAAUGAGGCACUGUGGAAAGAAUAUGCUCAUUACUAAGAUAAAAUGUGCAAGAAAAUCUUUGCACUUCUAUGCAUAAACUCUUAGCUGUAACUGCUGCCAUUGUGUUUCCAUAUAGGUCUACACUAGAUUGUGGUCUAGAAACUGGGAUAAAAGUUUCUUUCUCCUUUCCUUCGGGAAGACCAAUGAGCACAAUGGUAUUAGUCACUUAAGUUUUCUGAUGAAUAAUAAAUGCAAUAACUGCAGCUCAUGGAUGAGAAUCUGUCUGUCUGUCUAAAUACUCUGAAGCUUUUAAAUUUCAUAGUUAUAUCAGUGACCACUUAUAUUGAUGUAAGAUUUUUCUUACCUUCCUACUCCUUUGAGAAUUGAUGGGUUAAAUACCAAAUGCUGCUGAUUAAAUGAAAAAGCCUGCCUUUUAAGUAAUAAUGUGUUUUCUCAGUAAGAGUGAGUUCUCUGACUUUUUAACAUGACUAGAGUCUCACUAUCAAAAUCACACCUUUCCUUCCCCCUUUGCAUUGUCUUGUAGUUUCCUCGAUCUUGACAUCUGGGGAGGACUUUGCCCACUCCUAUUACAAAUGAGCCCUCUGCUUUAGCUCUCCUGCCCAGCAGAGAAGCAAUGCAUCCCCACUUCAGACCUCUGCCGUUGCCGUUCAACUACCCUGACAGCAUUUGCUCCUAGACCUGCAGUCCUGCAGUCAGAGCUUAGGGUUACACAGACUCCAGAUGUUCCAAAUGCUCAUUGGUCUAUUGCAUUGAGGUUUCUGCUGUCAAAGAAAGAUAAUUUGUUAAUGAUAACCCAAGCUUUAAAUGCAGGGGUGUUUACGUUUCUGAGUAAAAUCUGUGUACUUACGGGAAAUAAAGGCAUGUUUAAAAUGA